UUGACCAUGCUGAGAGAGCGCCUUCUUCCUACUCCUUCCGAUUUCUAUCUUGGCUCCAUACUAGCGUACGAGAAAAAUCUCUGAAAUGUAAUUUCAUAUUUUCGCGACUCAAAGACGGAGUUUUAUGCGUGCACCGCCACAUAGAAGAAUUGUUGACCGUCACGCCAGUAAGGCUGCUUUAAAGGAUUGCAAACAUGUCUGCCGCCGAAGAAGCGGACAAAACGGCCAACGCGGAUGCUAGCGGUGGAGACGAAGAGGAGGAAUGGCUGUAUGGAGAUGAGACUGAGGGCAAAGAAGAGGACGAAGAAGCCAAGGCGACUGCUGAUGACAGUGCUCCUACUGAGGCCCCUGCUGAGGUCGCGACAGAGGAAGCUGCUGAACAUGCCACAGGAAAUGGUGUGGCUUCAGAGGAACAGGCUACUGAGGACGCGGCAGGCGAUGAUGCUGAAAGUGACAGCGACAGUGAUGAUGACGAUGACGACGUCCGCGUCACCAUUGGGGACAUUAAAACCGGGGCGCCACAAUAUUCACCAUAUGGUGCUCCACCUGUUAAUCUGAACAUUAAAACAACUGGCUCCAGAUCAUAUGGACAAGUUAGCACAAAACUGAAAGGAGUCGAUCUUGAUGCUCCCGGGAACAUUAAUGGUGUCUCUGUGCUGGAAGUCGAUUUGGAGGGGUUUGAAGAGAAGCCCUGGAGGAAACCAGGGGCGGAUUUGUCAGACUACUUUAACUAUGGCUUUAAUGAGGACACAUGGAAGGCUUACUGUGAGAAACAGAAACGAUUGCGCAUAGGCCUGGAAGUUUCAUCUGGAAGCUCGGUGACAAGCAAAAUUACCGUCCAGCAAGGCAGGACAGGCAACGACAAGGAGAUAUCCAGUCUUGCUGUUCACACUUCCAAAUCUGACUUUUCCUCUCCGGUCAACAUAUACAAGUCUUCUGGUGGUCAAGGCACCAGGAUCUCCCCCCCUCAAUGGACUGGCCCGCCUGUCCCGGAUAUGUCCUAUUAUACGAAAAGCAGCGGAACCAUAGAUGUAAUUGGUGGAGGGACAGCAACUAUCAGCAGGGUCGAAGGACGACGCCGGCACAACUUAGAUGGCAAUAACAUCCAGGUGAUAUCUGAGCACUCGACAUCAGAUGCCGAUUCAGCCCCCACGAAGAUGCCCACCUUCUUCCCUCCUGGACCCUUGCCUCCAAACAUCCCCCCUCCUCCUUUUCUCCCUCCGCCCCCCAACGUCAGCUCGGCACCCCCUCUCAUCCCACCGCCUCGAUUGCCCAUCACAGUUCCCCCUCCAGGGUUUCCGCCUCCACCCAGUGGUCCCCCACCUUCAAUCAUUCCCACCAUGGACGGCCAUGGUGGUUACGACGGACGCGCUAUCCCACCGUAUCCCUUCCCUCAAGGUGCAUACCCUCCCCCCAUGGCUGGAGGCGUGCCUACUUGGCCACCCCUAAUGGAUAACUCCAAACCGUGGGACUACUAUCCCCGUCGUGACGACAAAAGAGACAAGGACAGAGAGCGGCCCCGAGAGAGGACGCAUGAGCGGGAGCGAGACAGGGAGCGGGAGAGGGACCGAGAUCACAGCCCCCCAGGAAUCGCCUACGCCAGCGAUGAGGAGCGCUAUCGUUAUCGCGAGUACCAGGAACGCGGGUACGCAGACCGUCAUCGCGAGCGAGCCAGCCGCGAGAAGGAGGACCGACACCGGGAGAGGCGGCAUCGGGAGAAAGACGAGGGCCGCCACAAGUCAUCUCGCAGCAGCAGCAGCAGGAGGAGGCACGACAGUGAAGAGGCCGACAGCCACCGGCGGCACAAACACAAGAAGAGCAAGAGGAGCAAGGAGGGCAAAGAAGCCAGCGAAGACAUGGGCGGAGACCAAGAGAACCAGGAGGCCAUGGAAUGAGUGUCUCAUCCUCUUUAUUUCACCCUCUUUUUCCCCCUCUACCCUCCCUCUGUCUAUCUGUCCAAUCCUACUGAAGUCAAGAGGAAAUCAGAGGCAACAGUGAUGUCACGUCCCUCGACAUCAAUCUCCGUUCACCACUCAGUCUGCUCGCUCCUUCUUUACCAGAGGAGGUUGGAAAGGAGCAUCUUUUGCCCUCUCCACCACUGGAUGACCUCAUUGUCUCAGCCCCCUCCUUCCUCUUUGGCCCUGGUUUUCUUUCUCUUCUUUUGUUUGUCUUUGGUUCAUGUUGUGUAUGAAGACAGCCAUUAGAGCUAGAGUUUAUCAAUUUCAAUUAAAAACACAUUUUUUCAUAA